AUGCUCACCUCGUUCUCUCGCCUUGCACUGACGGUCGUCCUUGGCCUUGGUGUCUACUUCUCCGUCGUGUGCGGCGCACCCACUCAGUUCGACUUGGUUGUGGCACCUCCUCGCCGUCGUUCGACUCCGUCCGCACCGUACUUCGUGGAGUACUUCGAUGCAUAUGCCUCUGGUGUCACAGGCGCACCGCCGGUCGCGGACAUUGACGGAUAUAACGUCUUCAUCCUCGCAUUUCUCCUAAUCGAGGGCGCGUGGGACAACGCUGAAGGUUGGACAGAGCUGACUGCGGAUGAACGUUCCACUUUACUGUCCGACUACGCGGACGCUGGGAUCGCACUGAUGGUGUCCUGCUUCGGCUCCAGCGACACGCCCACGUCAAGUGGCUAUGACCCUACGACAAUCGCGGACACCUUUGCCGCAUGGGUGAUUGAAUAUGGCUUGGAUGGCAUCGAUGUGGACUAUGAGGAUUUCGACGCGAUGGACGCGGGAACUGCAGAGGCCUGGCUGGUGACUUUCACGACUGAACUGCGCAAUCAGCUUCCUGCUGGCGAUUACAUCAUAACUCAUGCUCCCGUCGCACCAUGGUUCUCGCCAAGCAUCUGGACGAACGGAGGUUAUCUGGAGAUUAAUUCUGAAGUCGGUGAUCUUAUUGAUUGGUACAACGUUCAGUUCUACAACCAGGGAACCUCAGAGUAUACGACUUGCUCAGGCCUCCUCAAUGAAUCCAGCUCGACAUGGCCUGAGUCGGCGUUGUUCCAGAUCGCGGAUAAUGGCGUAUCCUUGGACAAGCUUGUCAUCGGCAAACCGGCGACCACAGGAGACGCGAGCACCGGCUACAUGGCCCCUGCUACUCUGGCUGUAUGCGUUGAGGAGGCGCAGAGUGAGGGAUGGGAUGCCGGAGUAAUGGUAUGGCAGUACCCCGAUGCCGGCACUUCCUGGAUCGAGACUGUUCGUGAGGAUUCGUGGCCAAUGUAA